GUCAAUUUAAAUUUAACCUCAAAAGCAAUGUAAUAUUUAUUAUUGUUUUUAAAUUUAUAAUUUAACAAUAUAAUGAGUGCAAGGUUAAUAUUUGGACGAGUAUUUAGUAACGUUAUACAAAAAGCAUCAUAUGACCGUAAUAAAUUAACCUGUAACAGCCUAUAUGCUAGAUUUUUAAGUGUUCAAAGUCGCUAUUUGAGUACCACUAAGAAGAAGGUGAAAAAUAUUGAGAAAAAACAUUGUAACAUUGGUACAAUAGGUCACGUUGAUCAUGGGAAAACUACUCUUACUGCUGCCAUAACCAAAGUUUUAUCCAAAGAUGGUUCAGCGAAAUAUGUCUCGUAUGACGAGAUUGACAAGGCACCGGAGGAAAAAGCGAGAGGAAUCACAAUUAACGCGGCGCAUGUCGGUUACAGCACAAAAUCACGGCACUAUGCACACACAGACUGCCCUGGGCAUGCGGAUUACAUACGGAACAUGAUCUCGGGUGCCUCUCAGAUGGAUGCAGCUAUACUGGUUGUUGCAGCCAAUGAUGGGCCAAUGCCACAAACUAGGGAACAUUUGUUAUUGGCCAAACAAGUUGGCAUUCAGUAUUUAAUUGUGUAUAUUAACAAAGUCGAUUUGGUUGACCAGGAUGUUGUAGAGUUGGUAGAAAUAGAGAUGAGAGAAAUGCUGUCAGAUUUUGGCUAUGAUGGGAGCAAUAUACCAAUGGUUAUGGGAUCAGCAUUGAAAGCCUUAAAUGAUGAUACAUCAGAAAUAGGUGUACCAUCAAUAAAGAAACUACUAGACACCAUAGACAAUUAUGUUCCACAGCUAAUAAGAGAUUUAGAAUCGCCAUUUUUGAUGCCCAUAGACAAUGUUUUCACAGUACCAGGCCGAGGUACAGUGGUUGUUGGUACCAUUAAAAGGGGAGUUAUGAAGAAAAAUGAUGAAGCUGAAUUGAUGGGAUUUGGACAAAAUAUUAAGACCACAUUAUCAGAUAUACAGAUUUUUAGGUCUAGUGUUCUUGAGGCUACAGCCGGCGAUAACGUAGGAGUACUGCUCCGUGGUAUGAAGCUGCGCGUAGUGGAGACGGGGAUGCUGCUCUGCGCCGCGAGGAGCGCGACCCUCAGCAAUCACUUCACGGCCAAAGUGUACUUCCUAUCGCGGAGCGAAGGCGGCAGGAAGAAGCCGAUAUUCUCCAAAUACUCGCAACAAAUGUUCAGCGGCACUUGGAAUAUUGCGUGUCGGAUUGAUUUAGAACCUACCGUAGACAUGAUGAUGCCGGGCGACCACGGCGAGGUGUACCUGACCCUGCUGGAGUCCAUGGUGAUGACGCAAGGGCAACCCUUCACCAUACGAGAGAACAACGUGACAGUGGCCACCGGCAUAGUCACUGGCACUCUGCCGUCCGUCGAUGUACCCAAUGGGAAGCUAGGGAAAGUUGUAUUUAAUCAUGAAUCAAAAUGAUCGUCUUUCGGUCUUUUUCUUAUUUAUUAGAAUGCCUUUUGGUUCUAAAUAAGCGCCCGUUUGUUUUAAUUUUUAAAAGUGAAUAUAUGUUAUUAAAAAACUUUAAAAAGUCGAAGUUUUUUUCUAUAAAAGCCAAAGAUCAAUUUAGAAUCGACCAUAAAUUUAUUUUUACACAAUAUGUAUAAGAAAUUGAUUAAAGAUAUAAUGCUUAAAGUUCUGAUAUAUCAAAGUUGUAAGAAAUGUAUAAUUAAAAAAAAAAAACAUUAUUUUCCGAAUUUAACCAAACGGCUGCGUCAAAUACAUACAAUAAGAAAUACAAAGAAAAAUAUCUGGCCUUAAUUCAAAGAUAUGCAUAGUAGUAGUAACUUGAGCUAUGAUAGCCCAGUGGAUAUGACCUUGGACUUCGAUUCGGAGGGCGUAGGUUCGAAUCCGGUCCGGGACCUCCAACUUUUCAUUUAUGUGCAUUUUAAGAAAUUAAAUACCACGUGUCUCUAACGGUGAAGGAAAAACAUCGCGAGGAAACCUGCAUACCAGAGAAAUUUCUUAAUUCUCAACGUGUGAUGUCUGUCAAUCCGCAUUAAGCCAACAUGGUGGACUAAGGUCUAACACCUUUCAUUCUGGGGAGACUCGUGCUCAACAGUGACCCGAAUAUAGGUUGUUAAUGAUGAUUAUAGUUGUACCUUACGAACUGUUGCGACAAGUUUCUUUAUUUAAGAAUCUAUUUAUCCACGUAGACAGGUCAAGAUGAAAGUUCCAUAAUGUAUUUUGUAAAUAUAUUUAGUGUUGUGAAUACUGUAAUAAAUUAGAUACCAAACUC